GCCCCCUCCUCCCCUGGCAUGACUUGCCGGGCCUACUCCAACGCCACCGAUUGGGACAUCAAUGACAGUUCCAUCCCCCGAAUCAACGAGUACGACCCUUUUUCUGAAUGGGCUGAUGGUCACUGCAGGCUAGUCUACAGAGCGGACAGCGAAGAAGCCAAAAGACACUCUUCGGGGUGGGCCAUGAGGAACACCAACAACCACAACGUCCAUAUACUGAAGAAGAGCUGUCUCGGGGUCCUGGUGUGCUCCCUGAGGUGCACCCUGUCGAACGGGGAUACCGUCCACCUCAGGCCAGCUAUCUGCGAUAAGGCCAGGAAAAAGCAGCAAGGUAAACCAUGCCCAAACAGACAGUGCACAGGUCGCUUGGAAAUCUUACCCUGCAGAGGACAUUGUGGCUACCCUGUCACUCACUUCUGGAGGCACACUGAACACGCAAUAUUUUUUCAAGCCAAAGGAGUGCACGACCAUCCUAGACCUGAAGCCAAAAGUACUUCUGAAGCAAGGAGAACCUUGGGCAGUGGUAGAAGAGUCAGAGGUCUGGCUGUUCUAUUAGCAAAAGAAGCUGCUCUAGGGAAUAAGUUGAUGUCUUUACGAGAACCAAAACGGCAAUGCAGAGAAAUUACCAACCAAGUUUCUAGAAGUAUCAAUACCCCUACACUAAUGUCAGAGGCAGAAAAAGGUUACUGUUCCUGUCCACCAUUCGAAUGCAUCUGCAACUACCAACAACCACUAUUGACGACCCUCAACCAGUUUCCCACGUCUCCUUCAACAUACCCACAACUGCCAGAAACCUACUGGACCCCAGAAACUACUCAUCAGCAGCACUACCAAACCGACCUGGCGACACUCAACCAGCAGUAUGACUUCAACAGUAUAUCUACAGAUCUCUUUCAACCUGAGGAAAUCUUCCAAAUGGAACAACCUGUGAAACACGACUACGCCAGUCUAGCUCAGAACAGCGAAGUCGCCAGAAGUCCCCCGACGCUGCUGGAUCUAGGAAGUGGAACAAUCCACAAAGAGUUCAAAACCGAAGACUACUGGCAUCCUACUUUAACGAGCAUGCUGAAUGACGACAGCAACAACAGCAGCAACAGCAACAGUAGGUUCAAUCUCAGUCAAAGCCCAGACACCAGUCAAGUCUUACUGAACAACAACGUGCCCCAGUUGGACCAAAAUCUGUACUUAGACUCCAAGUUGGACGACAAUCCCUUCUCUUUACCAAAAACUCAGUAUUAUCCUCAACCAAGUUCCUUGGAGAGCAGUUACAGACCCUCCGGCUACGACCUGACUGAAAGUAAGCCUACUUACUCUGGAGAAGAUAAAGGCUUCCAGGUUUUCGAGCCUUACCACGCUUCAAAGGCGUAUACCAAGUCCAACCAAGACGAAUACAUCGACCUAGGGCAGUACAGCGAGUACAGCCACUUUCUCAACGUGUACGAUAACAACAAAAUGGCGGAAAGCGCCAUGUUCAACGACCUCGACUUCAGAAUCCAGAGCUCUUGCGUGCCCUCUAUCAGCAAUCUGCAUAGCUACAGUCAUGAUACUUUUGAUGUGAUGUCUCACCAGUGAAUUUAACUUUUGUUCCAGAUUUCAGUGCCUUGUUCACAUUAAAUGCUUUCUAUGAUCUUCACUGUCUCUUUUUGAGAGUCGACUAGAUUUCUUCUUGUU